AGAUUAUUUCAAAAAUUUCUAAUAAUGUCGGAUCUUACGACAAACGACAGAUGCAGUUUUGAUAACAUAAGCGCUGGCAGAUUGCUUACACAGAAUGUUAUGCUCCCAAAGUCUCAGCCAGUACGCCUCAAAGCGCUUCUAGCAUGUGAAAGCGAUGAGGACGAUGACGAUGAGAGCGAGGAGAAACCUUGUCAAUCUGAGGAUGAGUUAGAUAAUUUCGACGAGGAUUUGCUGCAAGAUGACUCUGCUGAAGGCGUCCUACAGGAAAUGUCCGUACUUAAAACAGACAUCAAUUCAUCACCAAUUGAGUCAACGGACGGAGCUUUGAAAACUACAUGUGUACUGUUAAAAGAGAAUCUUGAAGUUGUGACUAACACUUCUAUACAAAAAGGACUAAACUUUGAUAGGGAACAAUGUAAAGUUAGUGAUAUAAAUUCUGAAAGUCAUAUUUCACUUAAUGAUUCGAGUAAACUAGAGACUUGCAGUUCUAAACACGAAGAAAAACUACAGGAAUGUCGCAUUGCAACAACGGUUGCUUCGGGAAAUCAAGCAGAUACUGUUUGUAGUCAUUCAACAAAUGUAGUUUUACCUCCACCAUUGCUGUCAGUUUAUAAAGGGGAUUAUAACAUAGAUUCGAAUAAGAAUUUGCAAGCAAUAAAUAGCAAUCAGUCGCAUCACGAAAAUGCUUGUAUGUCAGAUAUAUUAAAUAAAAGAAAAGAUGGAUCUGUGUACAGCACAUCAGGGGAGAAUAAGAUGUUAUUAACAAGAAAUAGCGAGUUGAAUCUAAGUAAGGAUGAUCAACGAUACAAAGCCACAUACAGUUUUAUCGAGCAAACAAAUAAGGAUAGUAAGGAGGAAUCUCAGAAGAUUACGAACACUCUGUCAGAAUCUGGUAUUUGCAUAUCCCAGACGUCUGAAAACCUGAUGCAUGCUGUAAGAUAUAAUUCACAAAAGAGUGUCACAAAAUAUGAAGCGAAUGAAAAGUAUACACCCGCAAAAAAUACGGAAUUUAGCACACCUUCUCUCAGCGAAGCGAGCAAGUCGUUAACUACGAUUAAUCGCUUGGUUUCGGAAACUCCAUUAAAGCAUAUGCAAGUCAAUGCGCAUCCGAGUUCGUGCACAUCACAUAAGCAAUUGUUUCAAACUCCACAGAACAAAUUAUCUGGAGAUCUGAACAAGAAUCAAACUCCUACAAUAUUGUCCAAUUGGUAUCAUAAUGUGGUACAUACACCGAUGGAAAGGAAGAACUUUCUUACGAGGGACCAAGUGCAAAUAUCUAAGAAUGCAAUUUGUACACCUAUCGUGGAUAAACCUGAUUCUUUGAGAUACUUUGGAACGGAUGUAAAAAAUGUGAGGCGGCCUUUAACAGAUACGAAGAUGCCCAGAGAGUCUUUGGUUUAUCCUGUAGAAUCAAAGCCACUUAUGCAUACACAUUCUGAGGUAAAAAGCAUGACAUCUGAAUCACAAACACAUGAGGAUAGAAAUAGGAAGACAAUUGGACUAUCGAAUGUGAAAUUAAUGCAAACAGAAACAAAUUAUGACAAAGAUCUGAAAUUGGCGGAACCUAUCGAGGAAGUAAAGGAGAACAAACAGUCUAAUAUACUAGGAAAUAGAAAUACUGUACAAAAUCAAAAUAAAAACAAACAGAUAAUUUGUUCCAAUAUGGAUAUGAAGAUAAUACAUGAUUCUCGGAAGUACAGUAGAGAACACAACAUCGUUCCAAAUGCGAACUGCAAGAAUUCGCAUUAUUCCGUUCCCGAGAGACAAAGCAAGGAGAUGCAAAUUAUAGAUAAAAUGACAAACAUACCGUUCACCGUACCGUUGAGCAUUCCCCCGCAACAACAAGGCAAAACAUUAAUCGUAAAAGAUAAAGAGUACUUGAUCCUAGACUCCCUCGGCCGGGGAAUGAGCGGCGAGGUUUUGCGAGUGCAGGAUGUAUCCUGUGGCGAGUUACGUGCCAUCAAAUGCGUUGACUUGAGCAAGAUGGACAAAGACUCGGCUCAGGGCUGCUUGGAUGAGAUUUCCAUGCUGCGUAAGUUACAGGCACCCUGCGUUGUCAAAAUGUUCGACUAUCAAAUCAAAGACUCUAUGGUUUAUGUGUUGAUGGAAAUGGGCGAUACUGAUCUCAGUCGACUUUUGAAAUCCAUGUCCCAAGAGAAGCAAAUCUCUCUUACGAUGAUUCUCUAUUACUGGACUGAAAUGCUCACAGCUGUAAAACACAUACAUGAUAAUGGAGUCAUACAUUCAGACUUGAAACCAGGAAAUUUUUUACUAGUACGAGGUCGACUCAAAUUAAUAGAUUUUGGAAUUGCUUCCAAUCUAAAUUCGGAUAUGACAUCCGUUGUAAAAAAUAAUCCGAUUGGAACGUUAAAUUACAUUAGUCCAGAAGCCUUAAUGGAUAUUAGUGGAAACGGGGAUUCGCCUACACACAACGUUAAAUAUAAAAUAAGUUUCAAGUCAGACGUAUGGUCAUUGGGCUGUAUAUUAUAUAGUUUGGUAUAUGGAUAUACUCCCUUCCAUCAUAUACGUUCUCAGUGGGCAAAGGUGAAUGCUAUAACUAAUCCGAAACCGAAUAUUUCGUUCCCUACUAUGACAAACAGUGAAAAUCAUCAGAGUUGUGAACGCACGCCGCCUGUUCUAAUCGACGUGAUGCGAAAGUGUCUUCAGCACGAUCCAAAAGCAAGACCCACAGUGUCACAACUCUUGCAGGUGCAAUAUGUGCCUUCUAUGCCGAAUACUGCACCAAUUUCGGUGCCUUCCGACAUCCCAGUGAACGUCCUUGUGAAGAUAAAGCAUGCUCUAAACGAGGAUGAAUGGCGAUUAUUAGUCCAGGUGUUAGACACAAAGCGACAUCAUACAUAAUGAUACUGUAAUAACUUAUCAAUUAACAUAAAUGAUGUACAUAAAAGCGUUUGUAUAUAUACAUAUAAGACGUUAUGCAAUGAGGCGCAAAUAUACAGAAUUGUGACAUAUGCAAGGAAGGCUAAUGAUGAAAAUAAUAUACAUAUAUAGAAAUACAUUUAUAUAAAAAGAUAAAUAUAA